AUGGGGCCAUGGGAAGAAGUUACUUACUGCUUCGCCUCUGGCUGUGCGGCACUGCCCAUGCUGAUGAGCAUCAAAGCUGCAAUAGAGCAGAGGCAGUGCACCGGGGGCUGGAGUCGCAAGACUGAGAUCGAGCUAGGCAUGAAGUGCUGGUACCACUCAGUGUUCGCGUGCCCCAUCCUCCGCCAGCAGACUUCCCAUUCCAACCCUCCCAUCAAGCUUAUUCGUGGCCACGUCAUCUCCCGAGAUGCGUUCAACAAGCUCAUCAACGGAGGAAAGCUGAAGUGUCCCUACUGUCUCAUGGAGCAGAACCCAGCAGAUGGGAAACGCAUCGUAUUCUGA